AUUGUAGAAUGGGCCUUUGGCAAGCGCAUGACGCCCGCAGAGCGCAUGCGAAAACACCAGCGCGCCCUCGAGAAGACCCAACGCGAACUUGACCGUGAACGCACGAAGCUGGAGAACCAGGAGAAAAAGCUAGUCCAGGAUAUCAAGAAGAACGCGAAGAAUGGCCAGAUGGGAGCAGUCAAGAUUCAGGCCAAGGACCUUGUCAGAACGAGACGAUACAUUCAGAAGUUCUACCAGAUGCGCACUCAGCUACAGGCCAUCUCGUUGCGCAUCCAAACUGUGCGCAGUAACGACCAGAUGAUGCAAUCCAUGAAGGGUGCCACCAAGCUCCUCGGCAGCAUGAAUAGACAAAUGAACCUCCCAGCCCUCCAGCGCAUUGCCAUGGAGUUCGAACGGGAGAACGAUAUCAUGGAUCAGCGACAAGAGAUGAUGGACGACGCCAUCGACGACGUGACGGGCUUGGAGGACGAGGAAGAAGGCGAGGAAGUCGUCAACCAGGUGUUGGAUGAGAUCGGUGUUGACCUUGGCCAAGCUAUGGGCGAGACUCCAACUGGCCUGCAGAGCACUGCUGUUGAACAAGGCAAAGUAGCCCAGGCCAUUGGUGGUGACCCCGGCGAUGAUGACCUCCAGGCCAGGUUGGACAGUCUACGACGAUGA